CGGAGCAGCGUAGGGCCGAGCCUCCCCCGGACCCGAGGAAACCCAGCGCGGGGACGAACACCGCCCGCCGCCGCAGCUCUGGCGCCCACGCGCCGCUCCCGCCCCUCCGAGCACCGCCAUCCCCGUUCCCACAACCCCGCGCGGCGCUGCCCGGCCGGGCGCUCGCCCGCCACUCGUUGCUAAGCAGGCCCGGACGCGGCCACCGCGCCUUCGUGCUCUCCCGGAGGCGGCCGGUGGCGUAGGGUGGGACGUGCCGCCCCGCCAUGGAGGGCGAUAAGAGAAGAACCAGAGAAGAUACUUGGAAAUCAGAAGAACUUAGGAAACAUCUUUGGGCAUCGCAGUUAGAGAGUCAAAAUGAAGACAGAAAGCACAGAGAAAAGAAACUGCAGAAAGAGAAGGUUGGUCAUGAUGUAGGCACUCAUAAAGAUGAACGCAAAGAAAGAGGGAAGAGCAAGGAAAGAACAAGAGAGAGACUGAGAUCUGUUAAAAGAGACAGGGAUAAAAUGAGAGAAAGGGGAAAAGAACACCGCAGAGAUCAAGACAGAGAGAGACAUCAAGAUAAGCUUAAAGAGUCAAGUUUAGAGAAGGAAAGAUACAGUGUACCGAAAGAUAAAGACAGGGAGAGCAAUAGAGAACGUGAUAAAAUGCAUAAAAGACAUGAGAUAAAGCAACCAGAUAUGCAUAAUGAUCUGAAAUCAUUUGAAGGAAGAGAUAAAGGACAUCACAGAAGAAGAGAAAAAAGCAGGCAUCGUUUGGAAGAGGAAAAAACAAGAGGUGAAGAGCGAGAAAGGAGACAUACAGGGAAGAAGGAUAAUAAUACGAAAACCAGCAUUGACGCGUUUUUAGCAGACAGAUGUGGAGGAGGUGAACAUGGACACAAGUUACAGAAAGAUGAAGAACUGAAUAAAGAAGAAAAGAAGAGAUACAGGGAAAAAAUAGAACAUUCCAUCAGGCCAGGAAAAGACAGACUUUCAAAAGAGAGAAGUCAUAAAUCUUACAAAAAAGAAGAGGAAGAACGACAUAAGUCAAAGAGAUCUGUGGAGGAACAUCCCCAUGGACACAGAGGACGACCAGCAGAAGAUAGGAAGAGAGUAAAAAGUGGGGAAAAUGAAAGAAAGAAGCUCGAUCUUAGGAAGAGUGAACACAAAACAGAGGAGGAGAAUCAAGGAGAAGAAAUGAGCCAUGAGCAUAUAAGUAGGACUGGAAAAGAUAAGGGAAAAAUCAGUGAAAAAGAGAAAAGAGAUGCAAGUCAAGAGGAGGUCAAAGGUACACACAUCUGUCAUUCAGACCCAGAGCUGGGUAACUUUUCAGCAGAUUACGAAGAUGAUUUUGAAGAUUAUGAAGAUGAUUUUGAUGAUUAUGAUGAAGACAAAAGCGAAGAAGGCGAUACUGAAGACAAACUAAGAGAGAUUCAUUUUUCCAAGCCAUCAGAAAUUGAAGAAAUUCAAAGAGCAAUUAAUGCAGAAAAUGAUAGAAUCUGUACUUCACUGCCACUGAAAACCAGAAAUGAAAAACAGGAACCCGUCAUGGAAACACAAUACUCUCCUGCCAGAAACUCUUUUCGUGGAAUAUUCAUGGAUUUUGAAACAGCACAUCAAAGACAAAGUAGCCAGAGUAUGGCUAGUAAGCAGAAAAAACGGAGUGCAGAGCUUCUCCCACUUAUUGAUCUGGACUUUUCAGUUAGUUUUUCUUUAUUGGAUUUGCCUCCUGUAAAUGAGUAUGACAUGUAUAUCAGGAACUAUGGUAAAAUGAACACUAAGCAGGCCUAUGUUCAGUGUAACGAGGACAAUCUUGACAGAGACAUUCAGACUGAGGAGGUUGAGACAUUGGAGAAAUGGACACAGCAUCCAGGAGAAAGUGCCCUUGUAUCUGGAGGUCCCAUAAAUGGCCAGGAGAUGUCAGCAAAUGGAGCUCAAUCGCCCAAAAUUGAUUCACUAAGAUUAGCAAAUUUCCUUCGAUCAGCAGCCCAGGUGAUUGCUGUUUUGCUAGAGGAAGAUCAAGCUGCAGCACAACCCAGAUGGAAACAAAGAUCUCAACAAACCAGUCUGUCUAUUAGUGAUAGCUGUUUCCAGUUAAAUACUAACCAACCAUUCCUCCAUGACCGGAAGAUAUCCUGCCUAUAUGUCUCUCAAGUUCAGAGGCAGGCACUGCUUUCUGUUCACGGAUUACCUGAAAAAGCAGGUGUUGCUUUACUGAACAGAAAGAGCAUCAUAUGUGUUUGGAACAUUUGGCAGCCCUCCAGUCCUCAGAAAGUUUUAAUAUGUGACUCCGAGGUCUUAUGUUGCUGCUUUAGUCCCAGUAAAACAACGUUAGUUUUUGCUGGAACAGUGGAUGGUUCAUUGUUGGUGUGGGAUCUUCGAGAAGACACAAGAAUGCAUCCUCACAUCACAUUCAGUGAAACUGAUUGGACGUUUAGGGUUCCAACGUUCUCCACUGAUGGUAUUCUAAAUUCAGUCAACCACACCUCUCCUAUACUAGCAGUGGAACCUGUCUCAACUCUGUAUGCUGAACAGAAUUAUGGUCUCGCAAGCCUCUUUCAUCAGGAGGAAAUGUCAGGCCCUCCGUUUCAGAUAGCUUCAAUGGAUGAAAAUGGAAUCCUUAACACGUGGGUAGUUGUAGAAUUACAGAAAGUGGAUUUAGCUGGUUCACAAACUGAUUUAGGCUUAAUUCCUGGAGGGAAAGUGAAGUUAGUACAUAGCUCUGCCAUGGAACUGAAUAAGAGUCUUUUCCCAAAGGAUGUGUGCCUGAGAAUGCCUCAAACACUGACAGUUAAAUUUCUGCCAUCUGAUCCAAAUCAUUUCAUUGUUGGAACAAAUGUUGGCCUGGUAGGCCGUGGUACAAGACAUGAUGUAAAAGUUCUUCCAAAGCUAUUCAGACCCCAGGAGAGUGGGAUAAGAUCAAUAAGCAUCAAUGCAAUUGAUUUCUUCCCUUAUGGAAAGCCACUCUUUUUGGUUGGCUGUUCAGAUGGAAGCAUUAGAUUGCACCAGAUGACAUCAGAGUAUCCCCUCAUGCAGUGGAAUGACAGCACAAAUGGGCAGCCAGUUAUUGCCCUGCAGUGGGCUUUAACAAGACCUGCUGUGUUUUUUGUCCUCGACGCAUCGUCUAAUAUUUACAUCUGGGAUCUUCUGGAAAGUGAUUUGUUUCCUGUGGCAAAGCAAACUAUUCCGUCAGAGAAUGUUAUAACUAUGGCUCUACUUGGAGAACCAGAAAAAACAAAUGGAUUGUUAGGAAUUGUGCUGGCCAACAACUCUGGAGAGAUAGACAUUCACUAUAUAAAGAAGAAGUGGGCAUUACCUCAGCCAGAGGAAUCUGAAAAACUCAAUUUGAUUCUGUUGCGCUCUUGUUAGAAGCAGAAAACAGUUUGGUACAAAAUAUUUCUCAUUUUUGAUGGCAUUUAAAAGAUUUGUAGCAUAACUUUGUAUAUUACUUGCAUAUAUUUUAAAUAAAAUCUGUGUAUUACUUCAGUUGAAAAUAUGAAUUUUAUUCUAAAAAUGACAGAAUCAAAUUUUGCUUAUUGUACUAAAAAAAGAUGAUCUGUAUUUUUGUGUUGAAAGAAUUUUAGAUUUGUAUAUUUUCCAAAAAUUCUUCAAAUAUAUUCCUAUUCCUAUUCCACUACUGUUUUUCGUUAUUCCGUUCAGAAGGAAAUGAUUGCAAUCCUUUGUCUAGCAAACAUAAAAUUUUCCCUCUGUGUGAGCAACCUGAAUACGUUGCAGCUUUAUCUCUGGUCUUUUACACAAUAAUGCUUGGUAAAGCUUUUUUUAUCUGCCUGAAACCACUGUGCAAACAAAUUCACACUCCACAAUGCAUUACUGCUGAUUUCAUCACGCAACCUUUGCAGAAUGAAUACCUGGAAGCUCAAGUUGUCCUGAUAGAUACACUGAAUCAGACACUGGAGGUGAUGUGCUUGGGACACUUACUGAAAUUCUAAAUCCUUUGGGAUUUCUAAUGUAAACUAACCUGUUUAAUCCUGUAAAUCAUUUUGAAGGCUCUUACAGUGAGAAAGAGGAGAGUUUUCUGUAACAUUCUACUUAUACACUGUUGGUAAAGUUUGGAACAAAAUCACCCACAGCAAAUGUCCUUAAUUUUUGUAGCCUUUCCAACUCGUCAUUUAAAGAUUAUAAAAUAAAAUGUGGUUUUAUUUUAAAAAAAAAUUUUAAAUUUUUAAAAAAGUUUUAAAUCCCCAGAGAUUUGGGGAAGAAAAUGACAAUUGAAAGAUAAUGUUUUCUGAACUUAGUGGAUGUACAUUUCUGCAAUGUACUUCAUCUUCUAAAAUAGUCUGAAACAAUUUGUAAAUUCUAAUUAAUUCAUUUCAAACUUUUUGUUUCUGUAUAAACUGUUCCUUAAAUUGAGCAAACUCAGAGUGGCCACAUGGUGGUGCCAAGCCACUGCAGUAAGAAGUGAGUGCCUUAGAUAAUCAACAAUAUCCCACUCUAAGACUGAACUUCUAUUCUUUUACACAUUCUCUUCUCCUCAAAAACAAGAUGGAAUCAUGGGAUCACCAAGGUUGGAGAAGACCUUUGAGAUCAUCCAGUCCAACUGUCCACCUAUCACCAGUAUUUCUCACUAAACUCUGCUCCUCACUAUAGCAUCUAAAUGUUCCUGGGUCACCUCCAGGGCUGGUCACCCCACCACCUCCCUGUGCAGCCCAUUCCAGUGCCUGACCACUCAGAGAGCUGCAGGGCAGAGCCUGGUGAAGUACAGGUGUGGAGUAUAAUAUAGUUCAGAGAUCUGUGUUCAGCCAUAGCUUUGCUAACGGGCACGAAAAAGAGCGACUUCUCAUAUUCAUUGUGGGGUUUCUCCAGUAACCUAUUUGUCAUGCAGGAGCAUCUCAGCAGUAGUUGCUUUGCUUUUCUUCCUUUCAAAUGUACUUUCAUGUAAGCAUUUUUGUCCAUGAGUCAGAAAAGUAGCAAGUAUUGGUAUGCUGCAAUGCAAGAAAAGCAUUCUAUGCAUAAGGGCUUGUAAAAUUGUUUCAAGCAAAACAGUACUUAAUUUUCCAUCCACCUCUUCUAAUGAUUGUGAAGUUAAUAUUGCUACCAUAACUUACUGGAUUUUUCUUAAGUCUCAGAAGCAAGCAAAAUUGCAAGUAAUUAGAAAUGAAAAGCUUAGCUGGAAGAAGCCCACUGUUAAUUCCUAGGUGUGUUCAUAUCCAUAGCAUUUUUCUUGGCAGUUUUGGUGUAUGUACAUAUACAAACACAUUCUACUGAACAAUCUUUAUUUAGGAGGUAAAUACUGCUGUUGUGAAACAUUUAAAAUGCUCUCAAUAAUAAAUAUGUGUGUUUCACCUUUGGGCAAUUUUGGAAUACGUAUUUUUCACAGAAUCAACUGUGGUUAAAAUGCACUGACUCAUAUAAUAGAAACUUAACGCUCAAAUGCCAUAAAAGCCAAAUCACUAUCCGCUCAUAUUAGUAACUAUUAUAAAGUAUCACCUCUAGAUCAUAAGCCAGCAAUCCUGACAGCAAAGCUGAAAUAUUUUAAAUAUGCAAAAUGCCAGAAAGUUUUGGACAAAGUUCUGCUUUUAUUUUCCACUUUAUGAACAUGCUUUGAAAGCUUUUUCUAUUUAGAACAUAAAUAUUAAUAGUGUUUUUAUUGGAUUUUGUCAUCUCACAGAUGGGAAAAUUAAGUUUUCAGUAGCUAAAUAAGUUAACAGGAACAGAAUUCUUGAAUCAGAUGGCUCAUUUCUUACAACUGUUUUAAAAUGCUAUUAUUAAUCUGUCAGCCUAUAUUUGCUGUCAAGAUUGGGAGAACAGGAAUAGCAUGACUCUGCUUUUGUACCAGAAUAUUUAUUUCUAAUUGCACUGAAUGUGACCAUCCUACCAAAUACA